GAGAACAUGGUUUUGUUGAGAUGGACUUACUUUACAAAGCAGAAACGAUGCGUAGAGUAACCGCUAGCCAGAACCAACAAAUUGAGAAAGAAGUCCAAUCCUACACUUCUCCCUUCCAAACAAAUCAAACUGCUCUUAUUCCUCUAAUAUAUAUAUAAUCUAAAACCCACAAAUCCAAUCACAUAACCCAAAAUUUUUUCUUUUGCAGAUCCAGAAAAAACAAAAAUGUGUUGUGGUGGUAGGAUGUGCAUGUUGUGUGUAUGUCUUAUAGCAGUUGUGGUGGCAAUUGGUUUCUUGUUUGGUUUUGGAGUUUUCAAGAAUGGGUUUCACAAAAUUAAGGAUACUUUCCAUGUUGUUGAUUGUCUCAAUUCUACUCUUUGUUCCUCAUCAAGGCCAUUUUUGGGUUUUCCUCCCGCUCCUUCACCAUCUUAUUAAGUAGUUUUAGAUUUUAAUUUUCAUUCUUUUUAUGCUUAUGGAUUUAGUGUUAUAGUAGUAUUGUAGUAUUUCGUUUUGGUAAUACAAUGAUGUGUUGAUUCGUGUUUCUUUGUUUAGAUGGGAUUGUUUGAUUUGUUGAUUAAUGUAGUUGAAUUUGUGUAAAGAUCGUCGAUUUGUGGAAUGUUGCUAUUUGCUUUUA